CGACCCGUGCGCGUGCGCGACGUCUGAGGAAGGCGGCACGGAAGGUUCGAUUUUGCCUGGGGCUGCCCUUACCUUAGCUUUUGGAGGCGUGGAGAACCCUCGCAGUUCUGCGUCGCUUGCGGACAUGGUACCAGAUAUGACCUCCCUGAACUGGUUGCUUGCAAGAGACUUCCUUCAGAGAUUUCAGGUUACCCUCAAGAUACAGAAGCCAAAUUAUGGAGUCCACAAAAAGUAGUGAGAAAUCCAGAACAGCCUCCUGGAAUCUUCACUCUGGGCCAUUCUUGAUGCUCAGCACCACCCCAGAUCUCCAGCUUCCUAGUAGACUCCUUGGGCAAAUGGUUGAUUCCAGACCUGGGGCACAGGAGGUACAAGACGAGCCUGGAACAUCUUGUUAUGCUAUAAAAGAAGGAACAAAUCCUCUCUGAAGUAUCUUCCACCAGGGGAAUAUCUCCACUGAUGUCUAGAAAGCUCUUUGGUUGGUGAAGGAAAUGACACCAUGGACUCCAGAAUACUGUCAGGACAGCUUUCAAAUCCAAUGGGAUGACUAUACAGGCUAGUAAAAGAAAGGUAUUUUCUUGGAUGGGAAGGGAAAUGAAAAAUCUCAUAGAGAGAAUGGUUCUCCUUCUUGGCUACUGUUGAAAGCUGCGGGUCCUUGAGCUUCUGCAGACUUUGGAAGAGGGAAUCCUUAGCUGAAACAUUCAAGAACCAGGGGGUCCCAGAGAGAACGAUUGGAAGAAUCUUUGCCAACCCACCAGAGAUCCCUGGAUUCCACUUGGAGAGCCCAUCGAUCUAAAAAAUGACAUCUUGAUUUCAGAACCCUUCUUUUGAUCUGGAAUUAUCUAUUAUUGACCACAGAAAGCUGCUACUGACGAUUACUGGAACAGUGUCCUGUAGAGCGAGAGGAAAGGAGAAGAACCUUCGUGGAGGGAGCAGCCAUGUUGCAAUGAACCGACAACACAGAUAAUAUGAAGAACAAAUCCAGGGAUAAAUGGAACCAUACGCUGGAAGCAUGAAGUUACAAUAGUUCCUUUGGUCAAACUGCUCCGAAAAUGCAGGAAAAGACUCUCACUCAUGUUGAAGGUAGGGCAUGUGUCUGCAUCUGCUUUGCUUAAACCACAGGGAUCUCAUUAAGGAUCGGGGCACUGACACUGAUGGCUUCAUUCUGGGCACGACCUCAGCAGGAUGGCCCCAUGCAAAGGCCUCCCGGAAUGGAUGUCACACGCCUCCUCCUGGCUACCCUGCUGGUAUGCCUGUGCUUCCUCACUGCCUACAGCCACCUGGCACCUGAGGAAAAGCCCAGAGAUGAAAGGAGCCUAAGGAGCAACUCUUCCAUGAACCUGUUGGAUUUCCCUUCUGUCUCUAUUGUGGCACAGAACAAGAAAUCCAAAAAGAUCAGCAGAAAAGAAGCGGAAAAAAAAAGAUCUUCCAAGAAAAAGGCUUCGAUGAAGAAGGUGGCACAGCCCCAGCCCCCGCCGCCUGGCUCCUGCGUGGCCACCCGCGACAGCUGCAAGCCGCCGGCGCCCCCCUGCUGCGACCCGUGCGCCUUCUGCCAGUGCCGCUUCUUCCGCAGCGCCUGUUCCUGCCGCGUGCUCAACCCCACCUGCUGAGCGCGCCUCUGGGUGGUGGGCGGGGUGGGGCGGGGCUUACAGGGGCGGGGCUCCCCGGACGGGCCCUUCUGGGGCGGGCGAUCUCUAGUAGGUGUGGCUUCCUAGAACAGGGAGUGGGCGUAGCUACUGACGUUGGGCGGAGCUUUCAGGAGGCGGGGCUUCAAGGAGACUUGGCUUGGGUUGGGCUAAAAUCCAAAUAUAUAUAGGCU